AUGUCAAACCAGAAAGCGGUUGGAAGAGGAAACCUUCCUUCUUCAACACCGACUGCUUCUGUUCCGUACAACAACAACAACAAUACUAGCAACACCUCAUCAUCCUUUGCUGGAAACAUGAUGAACAAUGCAAAUACAAUGCAGCCACAAUCCGAUCGGUACAUUCCAAGUACCAGUAGCAGUAAUCAUCAGUUUCAUUAUAAUAAUAGUAAUAGUAGUAAUUUCCUUUACCAACACAACGUUGCUUCUGCUCCUCCUGCUAAUCUCAUGCAAACAUCUUCCAACUCCUCCUUUUCUUCACUUUCAAGUAAUAGUCAUUUGUAUCCAUCUGUACCCUCUUCAGCGACUGUAAAUAUGAACGCAUCUUCCUCAUUGUAUCCCACGCUUCCAAAACCGCAACCUGCAUCCUCACUGUAUUCGAGAAUACCAACCGAUCAGAAUGUAAUUAAUCAGCAAUUAUAUAACGUUCCUUCUCAAAAACAGUCAAAACAUCCUUCGUCUCUACCAAUUGGGAAUUCUUCUAGUAAUAGCAAUAGUAGCAAUUUUAAUAAUAACUAUAAUAGUUCGAAUCAAAAGAAAAAGAAGAAACAUCAACAACAGGAAUCUUCAGCAAAAAUUAUCUAUGACUCGUCUGCGCAACUGAUUUCAGGAAUUUCAAAUUAUGUGAAAAGUAUUCCAUGGAGUAAUUUGGCAAAGCAAUUCAAUGAAAAUAUUUUGCAGCCUUAUGUUUCUUCGAUCGGAAAUGGAAUUGCUUCGAUCUCAAACAGCGAUAUACACACCACUCCAUCUGCAAAUGGUAUCUUGACUCCUUACUUUUCAAAUUUAGGUGAACUUAUAUCAUGCGAGCUAAUGUUCUUGCCUGUGGUUAUUGAACAGAAAGAAUCCGCAAUGGAAACAACAGAUGAAAGAUUAUUCAUGGUAUUGGCAUUCUCGAAUGGAUUUCAAAUUUUUGAUGUUCAUGAGCCAAAUAAUGUAAGAGAAAUUAUUACAAAAACCUGUGACGAUUGGGUAACCGCCAUCUCAUAUCCUCAAGCUGAUGAAAACACAUUUUCCAAUGCUGUUGUUGAGAAUGAGAAAUUUGAGCAUGCACAGAUCGAACCAACAACACUGGCCACCCAAUUGCACAACAUAUCAGAAGAAAGUAGCUCAGUUCAUGAGGAAAAUGACAACAUUCAAUCUACAGUAGAAAAGUUGGUGAGUUCCAAUGAGGAGGAUACCAAUCAUGAAUCUUCUUCAUUCGAUUUGGACUAUGUAAAAACUGAAAAUCAUUCUAAAAAUGUAAAUAAGAAGCAAUCCUUCGACAUGGAUGAAUGGUAUGAACAACUUGCAAAUAGAUAUGAAAACGAAGAUAAUCACCUUCUCGAAAGUAGAAAUGCAACUCUUCCGCAGACGGAACCUUCCACUUUAUACAACCCCACAACAUUGCCAACCACGUUGCCUCCACCAGAGCUAAUUCUUGAAGAUCAUAAUUUGCCAAUCCCUAUGCCUCACCUUGUCAGUGAGCCUGUGCUUACAUAUCCUCCCGUUCAAGUUCCUCCAUCAAAAGGUCCUGUUAAAAUGGUCAUGCUACUCACCAAGCCCUCUAAAAAGGCCAUCAAAAGAUCUGAAAAAAGAGCAAAACUUUCAAAUAAUAAUGCAUCGUGGCUAAGCUAUUAUCCAAUGGUGUCCCUAGUUGUGGAGUCAGAACCAAAUACUGUUCAUUUUUACUCACUCAAGUACAAUUGCUUCCUAGAUGAUCAUGUCACAAUUACGUGCAGAAAUGAGAAUUCUGAACAACCACCUAUCAUAUUCCAAAUGUUGCCUUCUGAAGAAGCCUUUAUUAUAACAGACUCAUCCGGUCAAAUAUUUUUCUAUGAUCCAUGUACAUUUGAACUUGUUUCGCAAGGUAUUUGCUUUCCUUCAAUUACUUGUCUGCAGCCUGCAAGUAAAAGACAAGCUACAGCGGAGAGUGAGUCAAAGAAAAAGAAGAAGACUCAACAAAGCAACAAAGCCUUUGGACAAUUAUAUGGAGGAGUUAUUGCAGUCCGCAAGAGAUUUGUUGCUUUUGCCAGUAACACAGAAGUGUUGAAUCCUGUCUUGGAUUUCACAACCAAGGUAAAUUCUACCUUUACUGAAAAAUCAUGGGAAGUAGCAAAAAAAGCUGCUACAGGAAUUUACAAACUGGGAGAUUACGGAUUUAAAAAGGCAUCCAAAUACUGGUUCGAAGGUAACAACGGAAAGAAAAAACAUAACUCUGAUGGCUCUGAUUCUGAUAGCAACGAUAGCUCAUCAAAGGAUAGCACAGAUGAGGAUGAGGAAGAAAAUGAGGAUGAGGAAGAAGUUUCACUCAGCACCCUUUGGAGUGGAGAUUUACCUCCAGAAUUGGCUGGAUAUGAGAGAACUGUAGGAACUGUUGAAAUUCGUGACCUUAAAACAAAUAAGGUUUUACUUCACUUUAGAGCUCACAACGAGCCAAUCGCUGCCAUGGCGUUUGAUAGAACAGGUACUCUUCUUUGCACUGCACCAUUGUCAGGAAAGUAUUUGAAUGUCUUCCAAAUUUUGCCUGACAGUGGUGGAGACAUGCUGGCUGGUGAGAAAAACAUCAAACUUCUUUACAGGCUUUAUCGUGGAUUUACAACCGCUCAUAUACAAGAUAUACAUUUCAGCGUGAACAGCAAAUGGGUAGCUGCAUGUUCAGCAAGAGGAACGAUUCAUAUCUAUGCUAUUAAUCCCACAGGUGGACCUGUCGAUCCAAGAUUUCAUUUCAAUGGAGAACAAUAUAUUCAAUCAGGUAGUCCGAGCGAAGGCAUUAUUUUGAACGUUGUUGCAAGAAUUCACGAUCCAACUUCAGGAGCAAGGAAGAACUUAUUGGGAAAAAGCUUUAUUCAUACACGCUCCGUCUUUCAAAUUUACACCCUCUCAGAAUUUAAAAUAUUCAAUAGACUGAGUACAAAUGAUGAUACCUCCGAAAUCUAUUAUGACCAUCAGAAUAUCAAUAACGAGAAUAUUUUAGUGACUUUGAAUAGUGGAAUUUUGAGUUACUAUGUGCUGAAGCCACAAUUAAAGAAAAAAGAAAAGGCCACAGACAAUCUCAGCAAAACUACUAUUGGAACUGCCUCUUCUGGCGUUUCUGUGGUGUCACAUGUAGAUAGAACUCAGAUAUCAGCCGAAGAUUUUGAACUUAAUCUCUCAGUUGAAUUACUAGCACGGUUUGACAUCUUUCUUCCUGACACAGAUUCAAAUGAUUCGCAAGACUCUCCGACCUCCGUGCCAAAUUUCAUACGAAAUCAAUUUAACUCCAAAAGAAAUCAACAACAAAGCAUUUCAUGGGCUUCCUUGUAUGGCAAAUUUUCAGACAAAGUCGAACCAACUCAUGUUUCUAGGUUUGUCGACGAGAAACAAGACACUCUUUCAAAAUGGAUAUCCAACGUGGAGCUCGAAACAUAUGCACAGCCAUUAAAUCCUCUAUGGGCCACAGGACAUUUCAAGUUUCGAACAAUCAAGACAAAUAUACCUAACAGAAUCGAUAACAAAGAAAGUUCUACUUUUGACAUUACUGAAAAUGGAUAUAAUCAAAUUAAUGAUAUCAGUAAGAGUUUAAUGAUCAAAGUGUCCAAUCCAAUUCCAAUCCACAAGUUUGAUAACGAAGCUGAAAUUAACAUUCCAAAGCAAGAGAUUAUUGAUUCCAAAACAAUUUUGAAGGCCAUUUCUACUCCCAUGUCUGCUACUCCUGUUGAAUCAACACAAGCUAAUGUAACCCAAGCAACUGCGAAUGCUAUGACUUUGAAGAAAAGCAACUCUCCAAAGAUUUCACCAAGAAGGUCACCAAAUAUUUCGAAUUUAGAUGAAAGACAUGUUUCUAUUGCAAACGACAUUGAAAGCGAAGAAGAGGUCGAAGAAGUUUCUUCACAGGAAGAGGAGACAGUGGAAAGCCCUCCUAAAAACAAUUCUUUUCCAACAUCGAGCAUAUUUGGAUUGAGCAACAUUGUUCCACCAAGUCAAGCUACAACACAACCCCUCCGUAGUAAUAAGGAUUUGAGAGAAGACAAUUUAUUAUACUUCUCUCAUAUGGAUAACUAUUUUGAUAAUGCCAAAAACAAAACGCCUCCAACUGUUCCUCAAAGCUCGGGCACAACACGUGGCAACAACAACGAGAAUCAACCACUGACCGAGAACUUUAGUCUUUCAUCCUCCAUUCAUCAAGAUUAUUUUCACGAUGAAGAGGAACCUAAACGAAAAAGUUCUGAACUCGAGCUUCGAAAACAAUUUCUCCAAAAUAUUAAUCUGAGGGAAUCUAUCAAUGUGAACCACCUUCAAGACUCUGAAGAAGAGGAAGAAGAAGUGGAUGAUUACUUUCGUCAAAUGUAA